AUGUCCCAAACUUAUAGAUCCACACGUUCUUCUUCUCCAGAUACUAUUUCCUUUGAAGAAGCUAUUAUCCAAGGUUUAGCCACAGAUGGCGGUUUAUUCAUUCCACCAGUCAUCCCACAAGUUUCCACUGAAACAUUAUUUAGUCAAUGGUCAAAAUUAUCUUUCCAAGAUUUGGCCUUUGAAAUCAUGAAGUUGUAUAUUUCUUCUAAAGAAAUUCCUCACGAAGAUUUACGCAAGUUAAUCAGUAAAUCCUACUCCACCUUUCGUUCAGAAAAAGUUACACCAGUUGUUGAAAAAUUAGUUGAAGGAGAAAACAUUAACAUUCUAGAAUUAUUUCAUGGCCCCACUUAUGCCUUUAAAGAUGUUGCAUUACAAUUUGUUGGUAAUUUAUUUGAAUAUUUUUUAACUAGACAUAAUGCUGUCAGUGAAAACAAAAAACAAAUUACAGUUGUUGGUGCUACUUCUGGUGACACAGGAUCUGCUGCUAUUUAUGGUUUGAGGGGGAAAAAGGAUAUUUCAGUUUUUAUUUUGUAUCCAACAGGUAGAAUUUCUCCUAUUCAGGAACAACAAAUGACUACUGUUGAAGAUUCCAACGUCCAAACUUUAAGUGUUAAGGGUACCUUUGAUAAUUGUCAAGAUAUAGUUAAAGCCAUCUUUGCUGACAAAGAAUUCAAUACCAAGCAUAAUGUUGGUGCUGUUAAUUCUAUCAAUUGGGCAAGAAUUUUGGCUCAAAUUACUUAUUAUUUCUAUUCUUUUUUCCAACUUAAUUCCACUGGUUCUUCUUCGAAGAAGAUUAAAUUUGUUGUCCCUAGUGGUAACUUCGGUGAUAUAUUAGCGGGAUAUUUUGCCAAGAAAAUGGGAUUACCAAUCGAAAAAUUAAUUAUUGCCACCAAUGAAAACGAUAUUUUGGAUAGAUUCUUGAAAAGCGGAACUUAUGAAAGAAGCGAUGAUGUUAAAGUUACUUUAUCGCCAGCUAUGGACAUUUUGAUUUCAUCCAAUUUUGAAAGAUUAUUGUGGUAUUUGGCUAGAGAAAAUUUGGCUGCAAGUACCAACAACAAGGACGAAGAAGCUGGGAAAAUAUUGAAUGGCUGGUUUACCGAAUUGAAAACAAAGGGUAAGUUUACGGUUGAUCCUAAAAUCAUUAAGUCAGCAUUGGUUGAUUUUGAUUCAGAAAGUGUUUCCAAUGCCGAAACCAUUGAAACCAUCAAGUCAUUUUACGAGAAAUCUUCCAACCACUAUGUCUUGGAUCCACACACUGCAGUUGGUGUUACUGUAGCCUAUAAGGAAAAGGCCAAAUGUAAUGAUUCUCAAGGUCUUGAGUAUAUUUGUUUAUCUACUGCACACCCAGCCAAGUUUGCAGAUGCAGUCAACAAAGCAUUGUCUGGGUUUACCGCUUACUCUUUUGAGAAAGAUGUCUUGCCAGAAGAAUUGGCUAAGCUGGCCACUUUACCUAAGAAAUUGAAAUUUAUUGAAAAGGCAGAUAUAAAAUUGGUGGAAACUGCUAUUGAAGAAGAAUUGGCUAAAAUGGAAUUAUAA